AUGACGAGUACUAUGCCCAUUGGGACCUACGUCGACGUCGAGUACGAUCAAGCACAUCAGAAAGCUUUUGCAGCGCCACAAAUAGCACCCAUCACCGCGGUUCUACCAGACGGCGUUUCCCAGAAUGACUUCAACACAGCGCUGCUCGAUUUUGCGGCCAUAGUUGGGCCGGAACAGGUCUUCGUUGGUGAUGCCUUAGCCCACUACGUCGACCCUUACGAGCUGCACGAGAACGAUGCCACAAAGCGCAAAAUGCCUGGAGGUGCAGUCUGCCCGGCUUCCAUUGAAGAGCUCAGUCGAAUCCUCAAGGUGGCGAAUGCUAGAGGUCUUCCAAUGUGGACUUUCUCGAGAGGAAAGAAUCUGGGAUAUGGUGGUCCAGCACCGCGUCUCAACGGCUCCAUUGCUUUGGAUCUACACCGGAUGAAUCGCAUUCUUGAGGUCAACGAUGAGCACGCUUACGCAGUUGUCGAGCCUGGUGUGACUUUUCAUGACCUUUACAAUUAUUGUGUCGAGCAUAACAAAAAGCUCUGGCCGAGCACGCCAUCGCUGGGGUGGGGAAGUGUCAUCGGUAACACAUUAGACCGAGGAGUUGGCUUCGGCGUGUACGGAAAUCAUCACGGGUCAAUCGCAGGCGCAGAGGUUAUGCUAGCCGACGGAGACAUUGUGCGCACUGGUCAAUGGGGCAUUGAGAACUCGCCUUCAUCUUUCAUUUCCAAAUUCACUUUCGGUCCAUCUCUGGAAGGACUGUUUCUACAAAGCAACCUUGCGAUCGUCACGAAGCUGAGUAUGUGGCUGGCACCACGUCCCACCGCAUACAUGUCGUGCACGUUCAGUGUACCAGAAGAUGCCGACGUCGAGGUUAUGGUAGACGCCCUAGGCGAACUGCGCAGGAAUGGAAUCAUUCCCAACAUGAUCUGGGUCGGUAACUUCGUGGAAGGAAUCUGUAUUCGUGGAAAGCGGAGCAAAUUCUGGAAAGGAGAAGGUCCGAUCCCGGACUGGCGCCUCAAGGAACUGCAACAGGAGUUUGGGGACGAAGGAUUUUGGACAGCAAAAUGGGGUCUGUACGGGCCUGCUUCGAUCAUCAAAGCACAGUACAACGAGAUCGAGUCGCAGCUCGCACGAUUAGCACCAAUUGGCAAACUUGUCAAUGGCUUCUACGAGGAAAAGGACGGAACACCGCUGGACGCUAAGACCAUAUCUCCGGAGCAUGGACUAAUGUUUGUGGGUUUUCCGACUCUAUGGAGUCUGCCGUUGAUGGACUGGGCAUUGAGCGACGACAAGCCAGGCAAGGCCGCACAUGGAGACUACGCCCCUAUAAUUCCUUCCUCGGGCAAGCACGUUCUCCACUGGGCUCGAGAAUGCAAGAAGAUCUACGCUCGGAACAAUCUUGAUCUUAUGCUGGACUUCUUCAUGCACGAGCGACACGUCGUGUGUAUGAGCAUGUACGCAUAUGACCAAUUGAAUGAGGAGGACUGCGCCAAUGUCGACCGCGCCUACUCGGAGAUGCAUCAGGUCGCAAAGCAAGCCGGGUAUGGCAUGUAUCGGGGGCACGUCAACCAUAUGGACGAAAUCGCUGAAUCGAACAAUUUCAACAACCACGCAUACAUAAGAUUCGUGGAGAAGAUCAAGAACGCACUUGAUCCAGAGGGCAUUCUUUCGCCCGGAAAGCAGGGCAUAUGGCCGGAAAAGUACCGACACAACCGCCAGUAUACCAUAGAAGAUGGUGGGCCUCCGAGGAUCUUGAGGAACGGCACUAGUACUGGCGUGCAUCUAUAA